UCGGUAAAACCGGAGAAACGAAAGUUAAGCAGGCAGAUGUGUGGUGGAGCUCACCCUGAUGUCACUGAGAGCUGCUGGAAGCAAAGCCUGCAGGUUUUUGUGUCUGCCUUCGCUUCAUCCACUCACUCAAACAAACCAGGACAGACUCUUGCAUUCCAACCGUCUGAAUUUGUGAUUGUGCAAAAUUAUGAAUGUGCCGCCAUGUCAGCCAGUCCUGUGUCUUCCCUGCUAUUAACGUAUGACCUCAGAUUGGCCUGUGAUCGCUGCUGUGUCCAGCAAAGCCCAAUUACUUACUCACUGGAGACGGUUCAGCACCAGUGUGCGCUCACUGUCCUGCUCUGCAGAGCGAAAGAUGAUUUCAGAUGGAGGCCCGUUUCUCAUCGACCCUCAUUUCCAACCCCAAAGAAGUAUGAGGUUUGCUGGUUCUUUAAGGAGAACUUUGGCUGCACAGUGCACAAGAAUCGCUGCACCUUUGCAAGAAGCAAAGAGGAAGCUGCCGUGUGGACUUUUGAAAAGCAGCGUGGAUGGGAUCGUCUUCGUCUGUGUAUGAUGGUAGCUCAGCUCGGGAGAACACCUGAGCCGUCCAACAACACAGGACCUCUGGAUGUGCUUUAUACAGACCUAGAGCUGAAGGCUGUUUGUGGUUUGUGCUCCGACAAGGUGAACGAGCUUACUUACACUGUUCAGUUAGUUAUACACAAGUGUGGCAGAAGUCUGCUUUUAGCCAAACACAAGGGUUCUGACCAAUGGAGGCCCAUCUCUGAGCGUCCCACUGGUGGACAUAUGGGACCAAAUACCAUUUAUAAAGUCUGUAACUACACUGUUGAGGGCUCUGCAUGCACACAGCACACACAAGGUCAGGGAUGCACUUAUGCUCAAAGCUCUGAAGAGGUCACUGUGUGGAACUAUCUUAGAGAGAAUAAAAUAGAUAAAACUGAGUUAAUCAGACGCAUAAAUGAGUCUGAUUCAACCACACCAGAACGUGCAGCUGAGAGCAUACACCGGAACUUUUCUGGUGAAUUCAGUGAGUUCUGCAAGAAAUGCUUUCAUGACAGUCCAAUGAAGCUCACGCCCAAACGGUGGAACGACACUUGCUCUGCAGACGCAGCACAUGUCUGGGAUCCAGUCUUAGUUCACCACCUAUCAGAGAACAACACAAAGCACGUCUACAGCCAAGUCCGCCCUCUUCCCUCAGACUGUACCUUCAAGUACUGCAGUCACGUCAGACAAGGCAAACCCUGCUGGCACAAGGCCAGCCACUGCAAAUCCGCCCAGAGCGAGGUGGAGAUGGCCGUGUGGAAAGCCGAGCACAGCGGGCUCCACAUUCGGCCUCAUCUCCUUCAGCUGAGCCAGCAGAGGCAGGCUCAGUCCAAACGGGUCACCGUAUUUUGUAAAGUGUGCCUCUUGGAGCUGUCCUCCCCCGAGAGUUUCUACAAGCACUGCUCCUCGUUGGAACAUGCACAGCUUCUCUCCCAGGACACCACCACCAGAUGGAAACAACGGCAGCCUCCUCAUACCCGCAGGGCAGAGCUCUGGCUCUGUGACAGACCCAAAACAUGUGAAUAUGGUGUGAACUGCCUAAAAGCUCAUUCUGAGGAGGAGCUGCAGGAGUGGAUGAUGCGAGCUGAAGAAGAGGAGGAGAUCAGACACAACAUUGAAAACCAGGGUCUCAUGUGCUACAACCAAAGCCUUCUGGAUGAAUACAGGAACAGCAGUAAUGAAGUCUACGUUUUGUCUGAGCAAGUUGACGACGUCAUCGUCUCUUGUGACAAAGAUCGGACUGUGAAGUGUGAAGAGAUCGGUGAAACGCUGAAAUGGAAUUUCAGAGUUGAAACUGAGAGACGGCUUGUGCAUGUAGCAUUGCUGAAGCAAGAACCAGGAGCGUCGUUCAGCCUUGGUGACAUUUCAGAGCUCUGCAUCUACUCGUCAGGUGAAGCGUUCGUUUGUGACGACAUAAGCUACGCCAUCACCGUGUCUUUCACGUCUGUACACCCAGGCUUGUACGAGCAGUGGUUGGUGCUGGAUUUUGACAUGAGACCAGUGCUCUUGAAGAAACUCAGAGUGAGGGUAGGCCAGCCGUCGCAAGACGACAGUGAGCAGCUAAUCUCAAAUUCUGGAGCUACGCUGAAAAGUGCAGAGCGCUGGCAUCGAGGGAACAGGGUUGUAAUCCCGUGUUCAUUCAGGACAGAGGAACACGAGGAGCUGUUAAAGGAGUACAAGCCACCACAGAUGAACUUGUUUUACAAACCUUCUUGCAACAAACAGACACCACUGACCCCAGAUAACUACAGAGAAAGAAUGCACCAGUUCCUGUAUAACGAGGAGCUAGCUGAGGACCAAAUUAUCUCCAGGCUAAAUGUUGGUGGAACAAUUACAACAAUGAUUAUGUUGACCAGCUCAUCGUUUGGCAUGAACUUUGCUCCUCCAGGAGAACUGUUCUGUGCUGUCUCAAUUCCUCAUACCCUCACAAUUGACAGCCCUGAGGGGCUAGUACUGAAACGAAGCAUCCAGUCAGGUCUGAUAGCUCCACUUAACUCGAGUCAACCAAACUCUAAGGUUUACGAAGCCAGCAUCCUGCGAGAAGGAACAAACAGAAACCAAAUCAUUUUACAGCUGCCCAAACAGUGCUGCACUGAUCUGGCCCUCAAAAAGAACGAAUCGUAUGAGAUGGAGGUGCAGUUUCAACUGGACCGCUACAGCUUCUGUACCAUGCACAAAGCUAUAGACCUCCUUCCAGAUACUACCAAAGUUCUACCGGACCUCAGAAACUGUGAGCUUCCUAUCAGUACCGUCACCUUUGAGAACCUGAACGCAAAGCAGCAGACAGCAAUUCGCUUUAUUAUGGGGGACUGCGAUGAUAAAAAGUCUGUGGCACCCCUCCUGAUUUAUGGACCUUUCGGAACAGGAAAAACCUUCACCCUGGCUACAGCAGCCAGAGAGCUUUCAAAGCGCCCUCAGAACAAAGUGCUGAUUUGCACCCACACCAACAGUUCUGCAGACCUGUAUGUCAGAGAUCACUUUCAUCCAUUUAUCAGCAAGAAAAACAAUGAACUGAGACCAGUACGAAUAAAAGCAAACAAACAAGGCAAUGCUGUGGUUGUCACAGAUGAGAUUACCUUGAAAUACAGUUUUCUAUCAGAAGACAAAAAGAAUUUUCUGCCACCUACAAAAGCUGUCCUGGAUAACCACAAUGUAGUCAUAACUACCACAUCCAUGGCCAGACAUUUUCAUGAUCUAAAACUUACAGAGGGAUUCUUCACGCACAUUCUGAUUGAUGAAGCUUCUCAGAUGCUAGAAUGUGAAGCUCUGUCGGCUCUCAGUCUCGCCGGGCCAAACACAAGAGUUGUUUUAGCUGGAGAUCACAUGCAAAUGGGACCCCAGCUCUUCUCCGUGGAUGAUCACCAUCGUUCAGAUUACACACUUCUUACUCGCUUGUUCCAUUACUAUCAAAGCCAGAAGUGCAAUGCUGCCCAGAAAAGCAGGAUCAUUUUUAGUGAGAACUACCGCUCAACCAAAGAAAUUGUGGAAUUUGUGUCAACCCAUUUUUACGUGGGUAAAAACGAUGUCAUCGAAGCUUCUGGAAACAUUCCAGCUCCCCAAAAUGGUCAUGCUCUGAAGUUUCACCAUGUUAGGGGAGAUUGCCACUUGGACACGGAGUCUAUGUCUUGGUAUAACAAUCAAGAGGUCACUGAAGUGGUUCAAGUUGUGAAGGACAUUCACCAAAACUGGCCAGCAACCUGGGGGACCAUAAACCUAAGUUCCAUUUGUGUUCUGUCAGAAGGUUCUCAGGUUCGACGAAUUCGAACUGCGCUUUCAAGGAAAGGUCUUUCGGAAGUCAACGUUGAAACUCUUGCAAACGUGCAAGGCAAACAGUUCAGAGCAGUCAUAAUGACAGCUGUGCAAACACGUGACAGCCUCAAAGAGUCAAACCUGUCUGGUCUGCCGCUGUUUAACGAUGCCCGUGUGCUGAAUACCGCAAUGACAAGAGCGCAGUCUCAUGUGGUUGUAGUUGGAGAUGCAGCUGCACUUUGUUGCUUUGGAAAAUGCUCAAGAAUCUGGAAGAGCUUUAUAGACCACUGCAUCAGUACUAACAAUGUUGCCACACAGCAUUACACCAAAGAUUUCUUUGAAAAAGAUGUAAUGGAAACAGCCAGGUUCCAAAGGGCUGAGGAUGUGGAUGAGGACAACACUGUCACUGAUGCAAUUCUGCAAGAGUUAAAAGAUGAGUAUGAACAGCUGGAAACAGAAUAUAGUUCAGAUGAAGAAAGUUCGGGAUUAAAAGACUUAAAUCACUGGAAGUGGAGAGAGCCGUACAAAGGUUCUACUAAUCCAAACGAUCUCUUGGAGUUGUGUGAAAAUCAACCAAAGAUGUACAAAAGAGGAAAGUUUGUCAAGGAGUCACACAACAAAGGCUAUGUCGUACCAUUUCAGAAUACCUACACACAAACAAGGAUUCAAGGAAGGGCAAAUGUGGGUAAGGCCUUCACUGGAGAUGAAGUGGUCAUACAAACAGCAUCAAUGAAGCAAACAGCCAGAGUGAUUGGAAUUGUCAAGGCAGAUGAAUCUGCCCGUGAAUGUUUGUGCUUUCUUGAGGAUGAAGAUUACAACAAGAGAAGACUGGUUUCUGAUAGCAAAUUUUUACGAAGAAUGAUGAUGCCUAUCAAAAAAAGUCAGCCUAGAGUGAGCAUCAUGAUCUUCAAAAGGCAACGCAACUUUAUUCCAUUAUGGGAGAAAACUUCUGAUUCUUGGACACUGAUUGGAUUUAAGCAUCUAAAAGAAGUUAGAGGCUGUGUAUUUUUAGUGCAAGUGAUUGGCUGGAAAGAGGGAUGCUUUUCUCCACUGGGUAAUGUCACUGCUGUUCUCCCAAACACUGGCCCUUUUAAUGACAGGCUUUGGCUCUUGAAAAAUCAAUUUGAUGUUUCACACACACAAUGUGAAACAAAUGAAGGUCUCUCCAAAGCAGAAGAAGAUGAUGCACGCAGAAAGGACGAACUGAAAGGCUUCACAUUCACUGUCGAUCCAGCGGGAGCAAAAGAUUUGGAUGAUGCCAUCAGCAUCAGGGAUAUUGGAAAUCGUUACGAGUUGGGAAUCCAUAUUUCUGAUGUGGCGAGUUUUGUGAUUCCACGUAGUAAACUGGAUAAGGAUGCAAAUGACCGUGGAUGUUCACAUUAUCCUAAAGGAGAAAAUCCUAUUCAUAUGUUCCCUCAAGACUUGAGCACAAACCUCUUCAGUCUUUUGCCAAAUCAAAAACGCAGGGUGGUUUCUCUGAUGCUCACAGUGGAAAAAGAGAAAAAUGAAAUUGUUGACAAGAGAUUUCAGCUUUCUCAUAUCAAAUCCAACAAGCAGUUGACGUACGAAGAAGCAGAAGAGAUCAUUACUAGAAAAUAUAAAGAGAAUACAAAUUUCAGUACAGUGGAGGACUGUGUUGCUGUGGCUUAUUGUUUUGCUAAAGCUCAAAGGAAAGUCAGACUUGUUGACUGGGCUUAUUCUCAGCCUGAUAAAGACAGGUUGCCUGGAAAACGUAAAGCUCAUCUGAUGAUUGAAGAACUGAGUGUGUUGUUUAACAGAUAUGCAUCAGAAACAUUGGUUAGAUCCAACCAAACCAUGUCUUACACUCCACUUCGUUGUCAAGCAAGCCCACUUCCUGAGAAGGUGGAAGAAUUCAAGGACAAAUGUAAAGAGUUAAUACCAUUGUCUUUUCAUGUGCGACACAAAGUUGAACUUGACAAACAAAUCCCAACCAUUCAAAGUUUCCGCCUCCUCAAAGAAGUUUGGAAAGACAUUCUGUCAGCUGCCAAAGCAGAUGAUACAGACAAAAUGGUGGACCUGGUGGCUGCAGAUGACAUUCACCCUACACUCCAAACAGUCAUUGAUCAGUUCAAACGCUGCUACAGUAAAUCUUAUGUUAUCCGCUCAAACUCCUCACCCGAAGCAGAUGUUGGGCAUUAUUCUCUCGGGUUGAAAAGAUACACACAGGCCUCCUCACCUAUAAGGAGAUACAUGGAUGUCAUCUUGCAGAGACUCUUGCACUCAGCCAUUUGUAACACGAGUCACUACUACACUAGAGACGAGAUCACAGAUUUGUGUCAUCAGUUUGAGACAAACCAAAAGAAAAGCAGAGAGUUUGAACAAUAUGCUGAACAGAAAUUCUAUGCAGUGAGCACACAGAAGCAGAACGCACCAAAGCUAGCCUUAGUUGUGCAUGUAGAUCAGGAAGAAGAUAGUUUUAAAGUGUCAUUUCCUUUCAACAAGGACAUAUUUCGUUUGAGUCAGUCAAUCAUGUACAACGAGUUACAGUUGGAAGACCAACCAAUCAAGAACAAAGAAACUAUCACUCUCAAAUGGAAAAGACGGAUCUACGCAGUUGACUCCAUGCAAAUUCACCAAGAGCUGAAUAUGAUGCCAAACAGUGAUCCCUGCGUUGAACUUCCACUUACAGUAUGGAAUGCUGUAACUGAAGCAAUUGAAAAGGGAAAAGUUGAUUAUGCAAAAGAUCUUUUAAUGGGUGUUAAAGCAAAGGAAAUUGUUUCUCCCCAACCAUUAGUGCCUCCUCUUUCCCUAAAGAACACAUCGGAAGUACCAGACGAAGAAAGUGAACACUGGGUUGACAUAUUUCUUCAGCUGCACCCAGGUGUCACCAUUCAAGUUCAAAUGACAUCAGAAAUCAAACGAGGCAGCCCAAUGCCCAUUGUUCAGUUGGUGCACAUCAGACCAAAAUUUGAGAUUUGUGUGGACCAUGUCCACAAUCCUAUCAAAUGCUUCUCCAAAAAUGCAGACGAGCCAUCAAAGGUUGACUAUCGGGACACAGAGCAAUAUACCAGGGUUUGGGGACCACUUUGCAAGAUGGAAUCUGCUGCCACUGCAGUAGAUGAAAGUGACAGCAUUACCAUUGAGAACCUGGUGGUAAGCUUUAAACAGCAACAGGAAGGCAAACCAACAGGAGAGUUCUUUUUACUCAAGGAAUGGAUCAAGGACUGGGCUAUUGAAUGCAACCUUGCCAAGUGCUUACUCUGCAUACGGAAAAGAGGUCUGAAGUUGCCUUCAAAUUAUAACCCAGAACACUUUGCUGUAGUGGACCCAAAAGUGUUCACAUGGGUGGCACAUGGUGUCACAUUUAAUGUGGAUGACAAAAAUAAAACUGGAAUGAAAGUGGAGUUCUACAUCAACCAUCUUCCAAUGGAAACUAUUCCUCAGUGUGUUUUUCAGAAAAACACUCGUUUCACUGUUGAAAUAAUCCCAAAGCUUCUGCCUGACAUUCGAAAAGAAGCUGCUCUCAUCAAUUUAAAAACGGCGUGUGACCUUGUUGUAAGAAUAGCUCUUGGAAAAAGCAUUCCAAAAAGGGUUUUACAAAGACCUAUGCUAAAAGCACAAGUUAACAGAACAAGGUUACCAGCUGACCUUCCAGUGCUUAAUGACAGCCAGUGUAAUGCUGUGGCAACUGCUCUAAACAACACCUUCACACUUAUACAGGGACCACCUGGAACUGGGAAGACGGUAGUAGGUGUUUACAUAGUGUACUGGUUUUUUGAAUUGAACUCUGAAAACCAAAGACAGCUUAAUGAUCCAAAGGACAGAGACAAAAAAGAAGUGAUUCUCUACUGUGGUCCAUCCAACAAGUCUGUUGAUGUUGUUGCAGAGUUCUUGAUGAAAAUCAAAGACAGCUUUAGGAUCCUUAGAGUCUACAGCCAACAAGUAGAGACACUUGAAUACCCUUAUCCAGACAGCAACCUGCAGUUUUCCUCAAAGACCCUUCGCCAAGAUCGCUCCAAGCCAGAGCUCAGGAGCAUCACUCUGCAUCAUCGCAUGCGAGAGCAUCCAAACCCUCAUUCAGGUCAAAUAAAGAAGUUUGACGAACGAAUUAGGCUUAAAGAAGUCUUGAAUGAUGACGAAGUGGAAGAGUACAAACAACUCCUCAAAAAAGGUCGGAAACAUGAGCUCAGACAGCAUGAUGUCAUCCUAUGCACAUGCACACAGUCAUCCACGCACAGCCUGGUUUCCUCAGUCAGUGCACGUCAAAUCCUGAUUGAUGAAUGUGCAAUGGCCACUGAACCCCAGGCCCUGAUUCCUUUAGUCUGCAACAAACCAGAGCAGAUUGUUUUGAUUGGUGACCACAAACAGCUACGGCCAAUCGUGAAGAAUUCAGAUGUGAAGAAACUCGGAAUGGCAACGUCCCUUUUUGAGCGCUACUACACUAAACUCCAUGAAAACCGGGCUUUGAUGCUGGACACCCAGUACAGGAUGCACGAGGACAUCUGUGCGUUCCCAUCAGAAGAAUUUUACGAUGGCAAGCUGAAGACUGGCGUGGAGCAGCCGAGCAGCGUCCUGCGCAUCGCCGGCAGGACAAUGCCAGUCGUCUUUGGGCAUGUAGAAGGAGAGACUCUACGUCUGGUGGUGAAGACUGCCAAGGGCAACAACAACUCCAAAGUCAAUCAUAAGGAGAAAGAAACAGUGGUAAAGAUUGCUGAAAUGCUUGUGAAGAAAGCAAAGGUAAACCAGAAAGACAUUGUUGUUCUGUCGCCCUAUAAUGCCCAAGUAUCCGAAAUCCGAGACCAGCUGAAAGAAAGGAAAUUAGAAAACAUCAUAGUAACAACAAUCACAAAAAGCCAAGGGAGUGAAUGGCGUUAUGUCAUUUUAUCAACAGUGUGCUCACUUCCAAGCAAAGAAAUUAUGACUGAGCCAGAGGGCUCCUGGUUGGCCAAACAUAUAGGCUUUGUGGGGGACCCCAACCAGAUCAACGUAGCCAUCACCAGAGCCAAGGAGGGACUGUGCAUCAUCGGAAACCAGGAGCUGCUCAGGCGUAGCGCAACAUGGAACCACCUCCUGAAGAACUACACUCGUCACAACGCAGUGACAGAUGCAGACAACAUUUCAGUUCACUAAACUUCGUCUCCCUUUUCUGCUGACAGAAUUCUUUCAUCAGAUGUGCUUUAAACGUUGUUUUUUAUGAAGUAUUUGUAGUUUCAUAGCAGAUGUGAUUUAUUACGAAGAACAAAGGUCAGGUCUUACUGUUUGGAUGUUUUAAUGUUUAUUUUGUUGAACUGAAACUUUUAAACAUUUCCUCUGUGAGCCGUCGGUUCAUGUUUGCUGAAGAAUGAACUAUUUUGAUUUUUAUAUUUUGACAGAUUUUAAAACUUGAAUUCUUAAAGAAAUAUUUUUUAGUCUUUAUGAAUAAAAUGAUAAUCAUAUCCUUUUUUAAGCUUUGAAUAUACGACCAGAGUUUAGUAAGAUCUGUAAGUUUUCUUUCUGUAAUUGUUUGACUACUGACUUUUGGGUUUUUAUUCUUUGACUAAUGAGUUAUGGUUAAAUGUGCAGACACACAAAAUGUAUUUUUAAUAUGUUUUGUUAUGGUUUCAAUAAAGGAGGUUUGUAAAUUUA